CUUUCUUGACAGAAAUAUUAAUUGUUACUUAUUAAUAAUAAGUGAUUCAGCGCAAAGCACACAGGUCCGCCGAACCGCACACUGCCGUAUUUUUAAAUUACUUUAAUUGAUGACAUUUGAGCGUCAGAUUCGCCUUCUAGAUAAUUUAUCAUAACUACGCGCGAGGUAACAGGAGGCUGUGCAAAGAACGAAUGUUUUUUCCGAUCCAUUAAAAACGAAUUGUGUUUUUUAAAAUUUAAUUCCCGUAAUGCGCCUUCCUAAAAACGUUUCGUAGUGAUUUGUGUAUAGUACUAGUAGAAGUUUUGAAGUCUCACGUGUUGUAGAUAUAAUUACCAGGAUAACAUGAGUUUAGUGGCGACCUUCGGAAGUAUCAAAAACAACUUCAAACUCAAGCCCCAACAGUAUAUUAUAGAUAAUUGUGUAUUCAGAUUGCACUAUAAGGCUACAGUGCUAUUUUUUCUGGUAGCUUCAGUACUAGUAACGUCUAGACAGUAUAUAGGCGAGCAUAUAAGAUGCAUAUCAGACAAAGGUGUACCUGAACAUGUAAUGAAUACGUUUUGUUUUUUCACCACCACAUUCACAGUACCUUACGUCAAUACGUCCAAGGAAGCCUUAGAUAAAGUUGAGGCUGAGAUAAAAGCACUAGAUUCAAAAUUAUUGGAUACUGGAAAUCUUGCUCAUCCAGGAGUUGGUCCCUAUGGGAUAGAUUCAGACGAACCCAUAGUACGCCACGCAUACUACCAAUGGGUGCCUUUCGUACUUUUUUUUCAGGGAAUCAUGUUCUACUUAACACAUUUGAUGUGGAAAAAAUUAGAAGGUGGCAGGUUGAGAUUUUUGGUAGAUGGUCUUAGAUACGCUGCAUUUUCGUUUAACGAAAAAGAAAUGAAAAUCGGAGGAAACAAAAUUCCAUCGAAAAGUGAGAGAGUUGAAAAGGUUAAUCUCGUCAGAAAAAUGUUCAUAGACGGAAUUUAUAUCAACAAGUAUUGGUCUUUGAAACUGAUGAUUUGCGAAGUUAUCAACUUGUUGCAUAUCCUUCUUCAAUUCCAUAUAACGGACAAAUUUUUGGGAUAUCGUUUUAACGAUUUAGGCUCCUCGGUAUGGCAAGAAGGUCUAGAUUCCAGUGUGGAUGUGCUGGAUGAAGUUUUUCCAAAGAUAACGAAAUGCACCUUCCAUAAGUACGGUCCAUCAGGAUCUAUCCAAUUCCACGACGCCAUGUGUGUUAUGGCUUUAAACAUUAUCAACGACAAAAUCUACACGGGUCUUUGGUUCUGGUUCAUAUUCCUCUUCAUUUGUACCAUUUUGGGUCUCAUAUGGAGAUUAUUGACAUUCCUUCUACAUGCAAGAUCAAGAGGAUUCAACAGAUUGGUAUUUGCGGGUUCUUGUCCAGGCAGAUUGAAUCCUUGGAACGCUUUGAAUGUGUCGAACCAUUACAGCUAUACUGAUUGGCUCUUUUUGGUAUAUUUAUCUAAAAACGUCGAUCCGUUGGUAUUCAAAGAGAUCUUCCUCGGUAUAGCUGAAGAUAUGGAAGAGAGGAAAGCGAUGAAACAACCGUUAUUGGAAGCCGAAGAGCUAAAUAUAUUUUCUUAGAACGAAUUUAAGUUAUUUAAACUAGUUUUUACGCAUUUAAUGUGUAAUGGAACCUCCACAAAUUGUUCUAGUACGUGACAAAAACAAGAAACGAAAUAAUAAAUCCAAGGUGCUUUAGGAAAUAUUUUUUAAGUGUUUCUAAUUAAAAAGUGAUAUAAAUGACUGUAUGUUUCUGGAAAAUUACCAUUAGGUAACUAUUUAAUUUAAUAUAUUCAAAUAAAUUUUCCAUUUGUUAAAAAAAAAACAGAAAAUCAUAAACGCCUUAUACCAUGUUUGAUUUUGUAUAUUUUUUUAUUGUUCUGUAGAAUGUUUAACUCUAUAAUAUUUAAUUUAGAAGAAUAUAUUUUGUUUUUAUUUAAGUUAUAUUUAUGUGUCACUAAAGUGAGCUAAUUAAUUUAUUGUAUCCAAAAAAUUAUUUUUGGGGUAUAGACGAUUAGAAAUAUAAGAUCUAAAUGUUCUGUCAAAGGAUUAUUUACUAGAUAUAAAAUAUCUAAUUGCUAAAUGAAAAAUAUUCAUGAUUUCUAAUGGUUGUUUCCUUGAAAUCGGUUUACCGCAAGAGUGAUGAUACGAUUCUUAUAUUUCUGAAUGUUUUAUACUUCUAAGAAAGUGAUAUUUACGACUGCAAAUCUAUAAUAAAUAAAUAUUUUUUUUAAGUAAA